AUGGCCAAGAGCGGGUCGAAGGAGCCUUCGGGCGGCCAUGUCUCGGGCCAGUCCAACCGCCCCUUGAGCCGCCCGGCCCACGCCCUAACGCACGAACAGCUCGCCGCCGAGCUUGAUGCCGACAUCCUGUCCGGCCUGACGGCUCACGAGGCCAAGACCCGGCUCGAGCAGUAUGGACGUAACGACCUCGGCGAAGAAGAGGGCGUCCAGCCCUUCAAGAUCAUUGUGGCCCAAAUCGCCAACGCCAUGACGCUGGUGCUAAUCUUGGCUAUGGCCGUCAGUUUCGGUAUCAGGUCGUGGAUUGAAGGCGGCGUCGUUGCCAUCGUCAUCCUGCUCAACAUCGUUGUCGGUUUCUUCCAGGAGUACUCGGCCGAGAAGACCAUGGACUCCUUGCGCUCGCUCAGCUCGCCUACCGCCACGGUAGUCCGCGGCGGUGAAGCCAUGGUCGUGCCUUCUGGCGAGGUUGUGCCUGGCGAUCUGAUCGAGGUCAAGAUGGGUGACACCAUCCCCGCCGACAUCAGGCUGGUUGAGGCUAAGAACUUUGAGACCGACGAGGCUUUGCUCACUGGUGAAUCCCUGCCUGUCCGUAAGCGGGAGACUGCUACUUUCGACGACAACACCGGCCCCGGCGACCGGCUCAAUGUCGCCUACAGCAGCUCGACUGUCACCAAAGGCCGCGCCAAAGGUAUUGUCUUUGCUACCGGUACCUUCACCGAGAUUGGUGCCAUUGCCUCGGCUCUCAACCAAAAGGAACGCCGCGUUCGCCCCGUCAAGCGGAAGCCCAACGGCAAGGCCGGGCCCCAUCGCUACCUGGAAGCUUACACCCUCACCCUUGGCGAUGCCAUUGGUCGGUUUCUAGGCGUCAGCGUCGGCACUCCUCUGCAACGGAAGCUCAGCAAACUGGCCAUGCUUCUGUUCGGUAUCGCCAUUGUCUGCGCCAUCAUCGUUCUGGGCGCCAACAAGUUCAAUACCCGGCAGGAAGUCAUUAUCUACGCUGUCGCCACCGGUCUCUCCAUGAUACCCGCAUCUCUGGUCGUCGUCCUGACGAUUACCAUGGCCGCCGGCACCAAGCGCAUGGUGCAGCGCAACGUCAUCGUCCGCAACCUUAAGAGUCUCGAAGCCCUCGGCGCCGUCACCGACAUCUGCAGCGACAAGACCGGCACCCUCACCCAGGGAAAGAUGGUCGCGCGUGGUGCUUGGGUCCCCGGUCUCGGCACAUACACGGUCGAACUCACGUCGGGCGAACCGUUUAACCCGACUAAGGGCGACAUCCGCUUCGACGCUCGCGAGCCACACCAGAUCAACUUCCGCCCCCGGUCCGACAAGGAGGAGAAGGAGACGGCCGAGAAGGGCUCCAUUGCCUCCCCUUCCGAUCUCCUCGCCAGCAGCAAGACUCGCCUGCAGGAAUUCCUCACCGUCGCCUCGCUGGCCAAUGUCGCGACCGUCUUCGAGAAGGAAGGUGAGUGGUUCGCCCGCGGCGACCCGACCGAGAUCGCCAUCCAGGUGUUUGCCAGCCGCUUCGGAAAGAACAGGUUGACUCUCGUGAGUGAGGACAACAACAACAAGCCCGAGUGGAAGGAGGUUGCCGAGUUUCCGUUCGACAGCGACGUGAAGCGGAUGAGCGUCAUCAUGAAGCGCAAUACUACCGACGAGCAAUUUGCGUUCACCAAGGGCGCUGUCGAGAGGGUUAUUCGGGUGUGCACCAAGUACUGGACGGCCGAUGUGCCUGCCGGCGAGACGGGCGAGGUCGACAUGACGGAGGACUUCCGAAACCAUAUUUUGUCCAAUAUGGAGGUGUUUGCCGGCCUUGGCCUCCGCGUGCUGGCGCUCGCGAGCAGAAAGCUAGAUGUUGGCUCGGCUGCGAGCGAGGAUACUGACCGUAACGAGAUCGAAAAGGACCUUACCUUCCUAGGCCUGAUUGGCCUGUACGACCCGCCGCGUGCCGAAUCGGCUCCGGCCGUGCGCGAGUGCCAUGAGGCCGGCAUCUCGGUGCACAUGCUUACUGGCGACCACCCGGAGACGGCCAAGGCUAUUGCCAUCGAAGUCGGCAUCCUGCCCAAGCGGAUGGACAAGGUCAGCGCCGACAUGGCCAAAGCCAUGGUCAUGACGGCUGGCGAGUUCGAUGCGCUUGAUGAUACCCAAAUCGAUAAUCUCCCGGUUCUUCCGCUGGUCAUUGCGCGGUGUGCUCCGAGCACCAAGGUGCGCAUGAUUGACGCCCUCCACCGCCGCAAGAAAUUUGUCGCCAUGACCGGCGACGGUGUAAAUGACUCUCCGUCGCUCAAGCGCGCAGACGUGGGCAUCGCCAUGGGCCAAGCCGGUUCCGACGUGGCUAAAGACGCCUCAGACAUUGUCCUCACAGACGACAACUUCGCGUCCAUCGUCGCCGCCAUCGAAGAAGGCCGGCGCAUCUUCGACAACAUCCAAAAGUUCGUCUUGCACGUCCUGGCCGAGAACAUUGCCCAGGCCGGUACGCUGCUCAUCGGCCUGGCCUUCAAGGACGCCACCUCGCUAUCCGUCUUCCCGCUCGCCCCCGUCGAGAUCGUCUGGAUCAUCAUGGUCACCUCGGGCCUGCCAGACAUGGGUCUCGGCUUUGAGCGUGCCGUUCCCGACAUCAUGCGCCGCCCGCCGCAGUCGCUCAAGACGGGCAUCUUCACCAUGGAAUUCCUCGUUGACAUGGUCGUUUAUGGCUUGUGGAUUGCCGCGCUGUGCCUGGCCAGCUUCGUCCUGCGCGUCUAUGCCUGGGGCAGCGGCAACCUGGGCUCCAACUGCAACGAGUCGUACAGCGAGUCGUGCGAGACGGUGUUCCGCGCCCGCGCUACCACGUUCGCCUGCCUGACGUGGUUCGCGCUGUUCCUGGCCUGGGAGCUGGUCGAUAUGCGCCGGUCCUUCUUCCGCAUGCAGCCCGGCAGCAAGAAGUAUUUUACCCAGUGGUUCUACGAUGUCUGGCGCAACAAGUUUUUGUUCUGGGCCAUUGUCUUUGGCUUCGCCACGCUGUUCCCCACGCUGUAUAUCCCCGUCAUCAACCAUGCUGUGUUCAAGCACACGGGCAUCAGCUGGGAGUGGGGCAUCGUGUUCAUCGCCGCAGGCUUGUUCUUUGCCGGCGUCGAGGCGUGGAAGUGGGGGAAGAGGGUUUAUUUCCGCAAGAAGGCGCGCAAGACGACUGGCCGGCUGUGGAAGGAUAUGGAUAUUGAGGAGCGGGUGUUUGGUGAGUACAUGAGCGGCUAUGAGAGCUCCGAGGGCAUGGUUGCCGCCAACGGACGGGAUUGA